AUGAUGUUCAAUCCGAUCCGGUCUAAUUCCUAUUCUGAAUCAGUAAAACAAAAUCUAGAUCCUCUUGCAACAACUCCCAUAGCAAAAACUAGACGAUCAGUAAUAACUGAUAGUGUUAAUCGAACAUCGACCUAUAAUGAUGUGUCAAUUGAUUUAUCUUCUAAUCAACAACGAUGCCAAUCUCAAGAUUGUAUUAUAGAUAUGCACUUAAAAAAACGAAGUACUUUACCAAAAGUAAAACCACCACGUGAAGUUUCACUUCGUGUGAAAUUUAUUCGUCUUGGCGAAGUGAAUACAUUGCAUGAAAAAUUUUAUGCUGAAGUCGUUAUUGAAGCUCGAUGGUUGUAUGAUCCCGAUGCAACAGCAUGGAAUCCAAAUCUCUAUGUUAAAAAUGCACUUGGUGAUGUUAAACAAGAAAUUUCUAGUGAAUUAGUUAAUAAUUUAGAUGAACCUGUUUAUGCCGAUACGAAUGAUAAUGAUAUUUUUUAUGUUUGGGAAAUACGUAAAGUAUCUGGAACAUUCUGGGAAAAACUUGAAUUAAAUAGUUUUCCAGCUGAUGUUCAACAGCUUUCAUUACAAAUUGUUACACGAUGUCCUAUUGAAGAAUGUAUUCUAAUUGAAAAUCGUUUACAACCAUCGAUGGUUAAUCGAGAAGCAUUUUUAGCGCAACAAGAAUGGUUCCUCUAUGAACAUAUUGAAACACGUUCAACUAUAACAACAGAAGAUUUCAGUUUCAGACCUAUUCGCCAAUCGACUUAUAGUGUAACUUGUUGUGUUGCUCGUCGGCCUGGUUAUUUCUAUUGGAAUGUUUAUUUACUUAUUUUUUUGAUUACACUCAUUGCCCUUACUGUCUAUGGUGUUGCACCUGAACAUCCACAUAGUCGUCUACAAAUUACAGGCACGCUUUUACUCACGUCGAUUAUGUUCCGCUGGUCGGUAUCUCGUCUUCUUCCGCCUGUUUCCUAUUUAACCCUGCUAGAUAAAUAUACAUUGAUGUCUCUCGUUUUCAUUUCGAUGAAUUCAAUAUGGCAUUCCAUAAUUGGUUUCCUCAUUCGAAAUAUGGGCAUAUCAAAAAUGAUCGAUUACUAUGUACUUAUCGUGUUUACAGCGAUUUUUAUUAUUUAUCAUUGUUUAACGGCUUUUAUUUUAUAUCGAGCAUUACGUAAUCGUCAAAUUAUGCUUGAAAGCGAUCGUAAAUAUGCAUUGAAAUUAUCUGGCACGUUUGAAACAUUUGCACAACGUCACAAUGAUGUACAACGUUUUGAAGAUCGACAAACUUCAAGUCACACAUCGUUAUUCAUUUAA